AUGGCUACACUCAUCGAAGUCCUUGAAACCCAACUAAACGUCGAUGUCGAUACUAUGGACCCAAAUACGGCGAAGAGUCUUCCGUUCAAGCCACACGACAUGACAAGCAACCAGUUCAUCGUGCUUGAGCAAAUGCAGCUAAAGGAUAAUCGAGAGCUCCUUUUACAGGCCACGAAGGAGUACGGUGAGCGGGGAUGGGCGGCCGUGGUGGACAGAAUUAGUGCACAACUAUGUGCCGCCAACAUUGAUAAUAUUCAAGGCCGAGUGCUCCUUCAAACCUCCGCUUUCCAUGCGUAUGAUACCCAAAAGGUUAUUGACCACGCUCAACGAUAUGCUGUCGAACUCGAGAAAGUCGGCAUUUCCAAGGAGCGGUUUUGUAUCAAAAUCCCUGUAACCGGACCCGCUAUCAAUGCUGCACCAAUCUUAGCUAACGAAGGCAUUCGAACUUUGGGAACUUCACUUUUUUCUGUCGCGCAAGCCAUUGCCGCGAGCCAGGCUGGGUGUCUCUAUAUCAGCCCAUACUACAAUGGUAUGUUCAUGACCUUGCGUUCCACUUGUUAUUUACAGACAACGGAAGAAAUCAACGCACAUACUGACCCACAACUUUGGCCGAGCUCCAAUGACCCUGCGCUUCUUCACACAAGCUCGGCGCGGAUGAUGCAAAUCCGUGCUAUCUACCAACAACUUGCGACCGAGACUAGCAAGGAGCAACCCAUGAUCAAGGCCGCUAGUUUCAUCUCUGCUGAAGAAGCAAUGGCCUUCGGGGAGAUGCAAGUUCAUUCAGCCACGCUCCCGGCUAGCGUUCUCCGUGUUCUUUCCCAAACUCCUGCCACUCCUAGUCCGUCAGCCCGUAUCCCCGGUGUGCUCAAAGUCGCUAGCAUACCAUCUUAUUUUGAUGAACGCCCCCUUCCUGAGCGUCUUGCCGCAGUUUCAAAGACGGACCCACUUACUCCUGGUUGGGACGGCAUACUGGCAUCGACGAACAUCGACUAUCUUGCGAAUGGCGGACAGGCUCUGGAGAAGGCAAUCGAGGGGGACCAAAUCACGAAACAGAGGUUGGCGGAUGCCCUAGAAUUUUUCAAAAAUGUUGAGAUGAAUAUGAAGAAAUUGGUGGAGGAAGCCAUGGCAGAGGUUGGGAUGUCAGCUCAGACUGUUUGCUUUGUCAUUGGAUGGAACUUGAAAAAUGCUGUGCAGAAUCGGCUUGACUCACAUCCUCAACCUAUAAAUUCCAGUGUCAGCAAGUCUCAAGCUAUACCAACAUACUCAAGCACUCGAUCCAUGUCUUCCGUACCUAGACUACUCGUCGCUGGUCUCGGCAACUUGCCCUUCCCAAACACACGUCACAGUCUUGGGCAACUGGUGAUUGACCAACUUGCCUGGCGAACUGGAAUUCGAAUGGCUGCAGAACGAGACGGUUUCUCGGGCGAAGCCACAGUUUACCUCGGGGGGACUCUCUUGUCGUUAACACUCUACAAGUCGAAACAUCUCAUGAACAUAUCUGGUCCCUCUAUCGCUGCAGCCUGUCGAAAGCGCAACAUACGCCCCGACCUGCUCGUUGUCAUCUCGGAUUCGACCGAACACGACCAGUGCAAAGUCAAAUAUCGGCUCGGCGGCAGCGCAAAUGGCCACAAUGGCCUCAAGAGCAUAAUCAGCGCAAUCGGGACCAACCAAUUCCAUCGUUUGAGGCUUGGUGUGGGGAAGGCUUCCUCGGUCGAGAUGUCAGAUUACGUGCUUGGCAAGCUCAGUUCACAUGAAAAACAGUUUUGGACGGGGGAUGGCGUAGAUAUAGUCGUCGAUGCGAUUGAAAAGGUCGCACUGAAUGCUAAGGAAUAA